AUGGCAGAGUGUAACAGAGAAGACUAUUUCGCUGCCAAUGACGUUGAGUCAUCAUCUGGGGGCAAGAAGUAUGGUGGGCUUGUCCCAAAGAAAAAGCCUUUGAUAUCCAAAGAUAAUGAAAGGGCAUAUUUUGAUUCAGCAGACUGGGCAUUAUGCAAGCAAGGUGCUGGAGUGAAUCAACAAUCUACAGCAGCAGUAGAGACGCUGCGACCAAAACUACAGAAAACUCCACAUCAACAACUUCCCCCAAGAAGACCUGCAUGCACAUCUGGUUGA